UGAGACUGUGACGUCACUCGGCAGAGCGGAUUGUGUGCAGUGUGAGACUCUGCGGGUUUCUCUCCUCGGUCAGUGAAAGUGAAUCUCUGUAUCUCGGUCUGGUUUCCUGAGCGAGCCUCCUCCAUGAACCGGGACUUUUCGCCGCCUCGCCGCCUCGCUCCGCCGCUGAGAACCCUAUUAGUCCGGCCGGAGAUGAGGCUCCAGUGAAGCAGACCGAUCCGAGCCGAGCUAAGCGGCUAACGCUUCCAGAAGGUCCGGACGGAGACCCUGAGAAGAUGAAGCUGGUUCUGUGUGUUUUGGUGUGUUUCCUGCAGUGCCCCGGAGGGAGCGGCGGGCCCGGCGUGGCGUUCACCAAGCACCCGUCCAAUCAGACGGUGUCUCAGGGGAACGCGGCGAGGCUGGGCUGCGCCGUGCAGGGCGUCUCAGAGCCCGACAUCACCUGGAUGAAGGAUGGAGAAAAACUGUACAGCACCGACCAGAUGUUCAUCACCCUGGGAGAGCAGCACUGGGAGACAUACCACAGUGUGAAGUCGGUCCAGCAGCAGGAUGCGGGUCAGUACUGGUGUGAGGUGGAGUUCCAUGGACUCACGUUCUCGUCGGAACGGGCCUGGAUCACGGUGGAAGGUGUGCCUCACUUUGUCUCGGAGCCUCAGGACGUGUCCACGCUCCCCAAUGCCGCCUUCAACCUGACCUGCGCCGCCGUUGGCCCGCCGGAGCCAGUGGAGGUGCUGUGGUGGCUGGGCGGCAUGCAGGAGGGCGAGCCCCGCCCCUCGCCCUCUGUCCUCCACGUCCCAGGAGUGAACAGCAGUGUGAAGUUUUACUGUGAAGCGAAGAACACCAGAGGAAUCUCCGUCUCCAGAACAGGAACUGUUUAUAUUAAAGUGCUGCCGGCGGCACCAAGCGAGCUGAAGGUCGUCAGAGCGGAAAACAACGUCACGCUAACGUGGAAACCAGGAUUCACAGGACACUCUGAGCUGUCUACCUGCAGACUGCAGCUAUCGAGGCGUGCAGCCCGGAGGUGGGACCUCCCUCAGCAGGAGGUGCAGGUUCCUCCUCACCUUCAGGUCCUCUCCGGUCUGAGGAGUCACUCCAACUACAGCGUGAGAGUCUUGUGUGUCAACGAAGUCGGAGUGUCUCCUUUCAGCUCCUGGCUGACCUUCACCACCCCCGAGUCAGUGCCGACGGCGGCGCCAGGGAAUUUGACCUUCGACCUGUCGGAACAGCAGCUGAACCUGAGGUGGACACAGCUGACGGAGGACGAGCUGCAGGGACGCCUGCUCGCAUACAAGCUGCAGUGGACUCUGAAAGGAGAGACACAGGACCCUCUGCUGUUUAAGGAGAACGUGGCUCAGCUGUCAGGAGGAGGUCGUUUCUUUAAUGCCUCCUUCCAGGUGUCGGCAUGCACGGUGGUGGGCUGCGGCCCCUGGAGCCCCCCCGUGCUGGUGCUGCCUGCCUCAGUGCAGGUCCAGGUGCAGCGGAGCCACAUGUGGGUCGGCCUGCUGCUCGGCCUGCUUGUCGCCACCGUGGUCGCUCUGCUGCUCAGCGUGAUUGCUCAGCGCCGUGGCAAGGAGACGCAGUUUGGCUCGGCUUUUAAGUCUCCAGGUCCUGAGAGUUCGGUUUCGUUCACGGCGGCGCGUUCGUUCAGUCGGAGCUGUGAGCUGCAGGAGUCGACCUUGGACAGUCUCGGUAUAAACGACGACCUGAAGAACAAACUGCAGGACGUCCUGAUUCCAGAGAGGCUGCUCACACUGGGACACAUGCUGGGGAAAGGUGAGUUCGGCUCGGUGCGGGAGGCGUUCCUGAAGGCAGACGAGUCGUCUGUCCAGAAGGUGGCGGUCAAAGUGCUGAAGUCUGACAUCACUUCGUCAGGUGACAUCGAGCAGUGUCUGAAGGAGGCGGCCUACAUGAAGGACUUCCACCACCCCAACGUCAUUCAGCUGAUCGGAGUGAGUCUUCACCGGCGUCCCGGCCAGCGGCUGCCAAUCCCGAUGGUGGUUCUCCCAUUCAUGAAGCACGGAGACCUUCACACGUUCCUGCUGCUGUCCCGGCUCGGAGAGCACCCCUUCGACCUGUCCCUGCAGACCCUGGUGCAGUUCAUGUUGGACAUAUCUCGGGGGAUGGAGUACCUGAGCAGUCGCAGCAUCAUCCACAGAGACCUCGCCGCCCGAAACUGCAUGCUGAACGAGAACAUGACUGUGUGUGUUGCAGACUUCGGUCUCUCUAAGAAGAUCUACAGUGGAGAUUAUUACCGACAGGGUUCAGUUUCUAAACUUCCUGUGAAGUGGAUCGCUCUGGAAAGUCUCGCAGACAAUGUGUACACGACACAGAGCGACGUGUGGGCGUUUGGUGUGACCAUGUGGGAGAUCAUGACUCGGGGUCAGACGCCGUACCCUGGCGUGGAGAACUCUGAGAUCUACGAGUUUCUGAUCAAAGGAGAACGACUGAAGAAACCUCCGGACUGCAGAGACGACAUUUAUGACAUCAUGCACAGCUGUUGGAGUCCUGUCCCGAGGUGUCGUCCCAGUUUCCAGCAGCUGGUCGUCCAGCUGGAGGCACUGUGGCUCAGCCUGACGCCUGCCGCCGCGCCCAACGAGUACACGCUCUACGUCAACCUGGAGGGGGAGGAGGGGGUGGCGCUGGGCGGGGCCCCGGGGCUCGAGGUGGCAUCUGCGCCCGGCUGGAGCGUCCCCUGGCAGCGGCGGGCGGAGGAUGAGGAGAAGGACUGGCUGAUGGUCGGCUCCGGUGCUGCGCUCGCCAUCGGAGGAGACUACAGGUACAUAAUCGGGCCCCGCAGCGCCGCAGACGACCAGGAGGGGGGGGCGGCGGCGAUGAGGGCGGAGUCUUCGGACACGAUACAGGAAGAGGUCAGAGAUGAGGACGAUGAUGUCGUCAUUAAUGUCUGACCAAUCACAGCUCCUCCUCUUCUCACCUGAUUGGACCUGAAGUCAGCUGAUCACAGACACACACAGAGACAGACAGACAGACACAUACACACACACACAGACGCACACACAGACACACACACACUGGGUUCUGUCUGAACUCGUUUUUAAACUUUUUGAUAAAUGAAUUUAUUAACAUUGCAGUUGGAGAAUAUUUAACUUUAUUUUGAAACUUUAUUUUUUGUAUUAAAUACAGAUUACUGUGACACAUUAGUUUAGCACAAAGACUCGAGGCGGGGUGGGGGUGGGGGUGGGGGUGGGGGGGUGGAGGGAGACGGGACUGUUAGCCUAGCCUAGCACAAAGACUAGAAGAGGGAGGAAACUGUUAGCCUAUCUUAGCACAAAGACUGGAGGGGUUAAAUACUCACAUUAAAGUAUCUGAAGAUAAAAAAUCCUGUAAGUAAUGUAAAUGUAAAGUAAUUAAAAUUAAACAUUCUCAAAAAUAAUGACACCAAGUCUUAUUUUGAAAGUUUGUCAUUCUCAUGAGGUACCAGGAUUUUAUUUCUCUUAUUUUCAUCAUUAAGAAAUAGUUUAUUUUUUUACUGAGGCAUUACUUUGAGAACGUUCCAGAUAUAUUGUUAGUGUAAAAUAUUAAAGCACAUUAUAAACUGGAGUAAGAGUAGAACAACAAGACACUCUGGGUUAAUAAACUCUGUCUCUGUGAAGAUCUGCAGAUGGAAACAAACUGUUUCCUGUUUAGUUUAAUCUGUUCUGGUUAAUAUUCAUCACAUCAAGUUGGUCUUCAGGCCUGUGUUUAGUUUAUUAUAUUAUUAUAUUGUGCUCAUGUUUAUGGUAACAAACUUGAAAUGUCACUUGAACUUUAAGACACCGAAUCUACAUUUUUAACUGUUUUCUGCCGUUUCUGGACAUAAAUGAUCCAAAAAUUCUAAUAAUGAUGUUGCAGGUUUGUCAGCAUGCAACAAAGGCUUUUAUUAUUAUUAUUAUUAUUAUUAUUAUUAUUAUUAUUAUUAUUAUUAUUAUUAUUAUUAUUAAGGUUUAUAUGGUGCAUUUCACAAAAUAACUGUUAAAACAUGUAAUGCAGGGUCUGUGGGGCCCGGGAACCUGCAGGAAUCUGAUCUGGUCCUGCAGGGAUCUGAUCUGGUCCUGCAGGGAUUUGAUGUGGAUUUUGCUGCUCUAAAGUGACUCUCUUGUAUGAUUCUAACUCUGAGAUGUUGUUGUUUUUAACUACUUGAACAUUUCAUGUAAAGAUAAAUCACUGAACCAUUUGUUGUGUAUUUGACUCAGAUGUUGUUAAAGAUGAAAUGAUUAUUAAUGUUU